CACCGAGCCAGUCCAAUCCAACGUUGCAGGAGUAUGAUUUCCCAUUGAAGCUGCUGGAGUCGAGAAAGAGAGAUCUCUCGCUUAAACCCUAACUCAAAACUCGCCUGAAUCUGGGAAUUUUCGCCUUCAGCUAUGGCAGAAACGGGGUCAGGAUCGGCUGCUAAUGGAACCCAGAAGUCUUUGAAAGAUCAGGGCAACGAAUUCUUCAAAGUCGGCAACUUUCUCAAAGCUGCUGCUCUCUACACCCAGGCUAUCAAGCUCGACCCUUCCAACCCGACUCUCUACAGUAACCGCGCUGCUGCAUUUCUACAACUGGUUAAGCUAAGUAAAGCACUUGCUGAUGCCGAGACAACCAUCAAACUCAACCCACAGUGGGAAAAGGGAUAUUUCAGGAAAGGAUGUGUAUUGGAGGCCAUGGAACGUUACGAUGAUGCCCUGGCUUCCUUUCAAGAAGCUUUACAGUACAAUCCGCAAAGUGCAGAAGUAUCUAGAAAGAUUAAGAGGAUAACUUUAUUAGCAAAAGACAAAAAACGAGCUCAAGAGGUGGAGAGCAUGAGAUCAAACAUUGAUAUGGCGAAGCACUUGCAUCCAUUGAAAGCUGAAAUGUCCGGGAAGCUUGGUUCUGAAGAGUUAGAGAAUGAAAUGUUCUUGUUCCUUGUUGAAACAAUGGAAACAGCUGUUAAGUCAUGGCAUGAAACUUCUAAAGUGGAUCCAAGAGUCUUCUUCCUUCUGGAUAAGGAAAAGACCCAAACUGAUAAAUAUGCUCCGAUGGUCAAUAUAGACAAGGCCUUUGAAUCACCUCAUACACACAGCAAUUGUUUCUCCUUCUUGAGGCAGUAUGCUGAAGAAUCAUUCUCUAAAGCAGCUUGCUUAGUUGUGGCAAAAAAUAUCAUAGCUUACCCACAGGUUUGGAAAGGUCAAGGAUCAAGGAAGUGGAAACACGGCCAACAUGAUGGAUUUUUCGUUCAAUUUGAGACACCAUCCCUGCGGAAACUGUGGUUUAUUCCUAGUACAACCGAAAGGGGGCAAACACUCUGCGGGGAACCAGAAAGCCUAGAUGUCGCUACACAUGAAGUCAUCCCUCGAAUUUUCAAAGAGAAGCUGCCUGCUUCAUAGUUGAUUGUCACCUUCUUUCUUUGGCACCUUUUGAUGAGAGAUUUCUAUAAGCACAAUGGCACGUCGCCAAGGAAUGCUUGCAAGAGGUUCUCAAGUUUUCCCCAUGAUUGGCAAUGAAAAAGUUUCAGGUUAGCGGCCCACUGCAAGAAAGAAACAUGCUUUUGGGCGAAGCCAACUCAUCUUUCAUGCUUAUGUCCUGUGUUAAAGCUCUGCCUGAUCUUCUGACAAGUGUUCAGCGUCAUUUAGUCUUUCUAUACCUCUGUACUGUGUUGGUUGCUCUUUCUGCAGUGUAGUGAUGAUUUCUGUCUCCCAAAAAUUUUGAGCGGGGUUGUGCAAUAGAAAUUUCAAACUCCAUUUUGUAUUUUUCAUUGGAUUUCAGAGAGAAGGUAACAAGUAUGGUGCACAAUC